AUGGGGAGUUGCUGCUGCAGCCGCGAUGAUGAAGCCAAAGCUGAGCAAAAGUUCGACAAGGGUGGCGACAAGGACGUCUCAGGAGGUCCAGUGAAGAAUCGCCACUGCACGGAUGUUCUUUGCUGCAUCAUCUUCGUGCUGCAUUGGUUUGGCUUUGCAGCGAUCGUAUUUGCUGGAUAUGCGGAUGGGAAUCCUUCGAAACUAUAUUUGCCGCGCGAUUUCAAGGGCGACUACUGCGAUCUUGAUGAGUACCAGGGAGUGAAGAAGCUCCUUCGGACACUCAACGUGUCUGCGACCGUGGAUGAGGUUGCGAAACAGCUGAUCUGUUCCACGGCAGCAGAAGACGCACUGACCGCUAUUCUUUCGAGCGCGGAUUUGAAUGACUAUCGAUGUGCUUGCUGCAAGCUCCCGUGUGCCAGCUGUGAAGCCAGCCUGGGCCUAGAAGAUCUUCAGGACCCUGCCGCAGCAGCGAGCUCCAUUGGAUCGAGGAUGUCGGAGUUCACGGAUCCCAGCAAAGCAGCCCAAUUGUUCUCCUCGGGAAGUGCAAACGCAAUUUCAUUUGAUGCAGAAGCCAUUUGGGGCGAGAUGACCAAAUUCAUGGUUGCAGUUUGCCUGAAUCAAACAUCCUGCGCGGCUCCGACGGUCAACGACUCCUCAGUUCCAGGCCUUCGCAGCUACGUCUACUCGCCCACACCAACAUCAUCAUGGAAGUUUGCUUGGGAUGCGCUAGCCACAAACAGCAAUGUGCCAGCAAGCCUUCAGGACACCAUUAACAACCAGUUCACCUUCACUGCUCUGCCCUUGGAGGUCUGCCCGUACCAUGAGAGGUACUGCAUCCCAUUCCCUGGUGUUGCCUUCGGAGAUGCCCCCUUUGACCGGUGUAUGCCCAAAGUCGACAGUGGUGUGGCAGCUGUCCUGGGCGAUGCGUUGACCUCGACGCUGGAAGGUGCUGGGGAGCAGGCCAUGCGCGUCCUCGAGAGCCAGGCUGGCAUCUUCAGUGAGCUGAUGGCUACCAUGGAUGCCUUCGUCGUGGUCGGCUUCUUCUCCUUUAUCUUGGGCCUCGUCUUCCUGGCCUCCCUCCGCUUCCUCGUGGGUGUCGUCGUGUGGCUCUCGCUCUUCCUGGUGCUUGCAGCACUAGCCUUCGGAGGCCUCGUCGUCUUCAUCCGUAGCUUCCAGUGCAAUGGUGCUGGCCUCCUUGAGACUGGCUUGGAAACAAGUUCAGCCCUGGUGUCAACAGCAUUGGUUACUGUGUCAAACGCUGUGUCUGGGACAGCAGCGGUCAGCGAAGCGAUGUCUGGGAAUGGCAGCGACUACCGGGGUGCACAGCGCUACACGAGGAGCUUAUACCAGUGCCAGCGUUGGGACUCCAACGUACCUCACACGAUCAGCUACAACCUGACAGACUACCCGAUGCUUCAAGACAAUUUCUGUCGCAAUCCCGAUGGAGCAGCAGCGACCAUUUGGUGCUUCACGACAGACAAGAAUAAGAAAUGGGAGCUGUGCAAUCCAGUUGGUAUAUCGCUUGGAGAAUGCAGCAAAGGCUUCGCGAUUGAAGAUUCGGGCGUUCGCGAGUUCGUACGAGUCCUCGCCUAUAUAAUAUGGGGCUUGGCUGUGAUCUGGGUCAUUGCAGUAUGCUUUCUGCAGAAACGAAUCCGGCUCGCCAUCGGUGUCAACAAAGUUGCUGCAUCAUUUGUCGCCAGCAACCCCACAAUCUUGGCAGUUCCUAUUGUCCAGAUCCUCAUCGGCUUCGCAUGGAUUCUAAUAUGGAUCGUGUGUGCGUCUUUCCUUCUGUCGCAAGUCCCUGCCGACUAUACGCCCACGGAAGCUUUUGCCACGUAUGAGGAAGCGUGGGGAAAUGAUACAACACCUGGGAUUUGCACCGACAAGUGGCCGCAGAAUAUUGUUUGGAAGUAUGAGGGCAACUACACCUCGGCCAAUGACACCUGCACCGGGGUGUAUGGAAACACCAAUGGCAUAGUGCCUCGAUGCUGGAGAUGCUCUCCGCCUCGCUACACGUUCAAUUACAAGUUCGCGGGGGCCUUCUUCUCCUUGUUGUGGAACAAUGCGUUUCUCGUGGCCCUGGGCCAGUUGAUUGUCGCAUUCGCGUGCGCUCAAUGGUUCUUCACCAUUGAUGAGAGGCGUGGAAAGGAGCCGGUGAUCCGAGGAGCAAUUUGGAAGUCUUUCCGCUAUCAUUUGGGAACGCUUGCCUUUGGAGCCUUCAUCCUGGCCCUGGUUCAGUUCAUUAGGUAUCUCUGCAAGUACUUUGAGAAGCAGGCCUCGGCUCAGAAGAACCGUGUGAUGGUGAUUGUCUUGAGAGUGCUGGGGUGCAUCAUCUGGUGUGUCGAGAAGUGUAUCAAGUUCCUCAAUAAGAACGCGUACAUCCAGGUCGCUCUCAUGGGAACCAAUUUCUGCACAUCUGCCAAGAAUGCUUUCCAACUCAUCAUUCGCAACUUGUUCCGCUUCGGAGUGGUUGCAGUUCUCGGCACAGUAAUCCACUACAUUGGGUGGACGGUCAUCUUUGUUGGGACCACCGUCAUUGGCUACUUUGUCUUCGACGCCUUCCAUCCAAGCGAGGAUCCGCUGCUGCCCCUCCUGACAUACGCUGCCACCGGCUAUAUUGUCGCCCACCUGUACAUGAACGUCUUCGGCCUGGCAGUCGACACAUCGCUCCAGUGCUUCAUUGCUGCGGAAGAGAUGGGAUGUGCAGAGGAGUAUGUACCUGGACCACUGAAAUCGUUGGUGGAUUCGAACCCGGGCAAGAAGAAGUGGAUGUUCAGCUCUAGCAAGGUUGAGCCACAGCCGGCCUGA